ACUCGCAGGAUCGUGGAUCACUAAAGGUAAUUACUCACGGAUUGAAAUUGAAGAAGUUUGCGGAAGUUCCUAUUCCAGCUCCUGUAGAGCAUUGGAUUCAGGAAUCUGGGCUGAUGCAUCUAUCUUCAGGCUACCUCACAAUGGCGGAUGCUGGUCUGAUAUCGGCAUUUGUUGAAAGAUGGCACCGAGAGACCAGCUCAUUUCAUCUGCCAUUUGGAGAGAUGACGAUCACCUUAGAUGAUGUUGCAACUCUCCUUCACAUCUCACCGCAUGGUAAAUUUUUUGAUGCACCUUUGAAUAUGAAUACCAAUAAUGCUAUAAGAGCUGCACAUGAGUACUUAGGUGCAACAUGGGAGGAAGCAUGUGCUGAGAUUAGUUAUAAUAAAUGUGCCCAAUAUAGAUUGCAAUGGUUGCGUGAUUUGUAUAGCCGUCUCAUUCAAACUAACCAGUUUGAGUGUGCGGCUAGAACGUAUCUGUUGCAUUUAGUUGGCUGCACUAUUUUCGCCGAUAAAACACAUACGCGUGUUGAGGCGAAAUACAUUUCUUUUUUUAUUGAUUUACAUCGUUGUCGAGACUACUCGUGGGCUUCCGCGGCAUUAGUUUUCCUUUAUGACAACUUGGGAGAUGGAGCUAUCCACGACACUCGACAGCUGGGAGGUUACAUGAGCCUACUGCAGUGUUGGAUUUACGAGCACUUCCCUAAGAUCUGUAAGCGGGGUGAUAGAGGAGCGGUUCCUGCGCAUCUUCCAAGAGCAUGAAGGUGGACUGCAAAACAUGUUGUUGAAGGUGGAUUGAUGGCAUAUCGUCGGAGACUUGAUGGGUUGUUGCUCGAGGAUGUAGUGUUUACACCGUAUGAUGAUGAUCGAGCUAAUCAUCCGUUUGUAUCGGUUUCGAUGUUUUCUGGAUAUCUUCGAUGUGGUGGAGUCUCAGUCCCAUAUUUG